AUGCAGAGGCAACUCUACUGGCAGGCACCUUCUGAGGAGACUUUCAAGGUCAAUGUGGAUGGGGCCAUUUUUCAUGAAAAAAAUAAUGCAGGUGUGGGCAUCAUUGCAAGAGAUAAUGAGGGAGAGGUCUUACUGUCAGUAAGCAUGAAAGAACAGGCAAUUAUGGAUCCUAUGGACAUAGAGCUUUUGACAAUUCUGAGGGGACUGCAAUUAUGUAUUCCCCUAGGACUACAAGUACUGUAUAUUGAAAGUGAUUCUCUUCUAUCAGUGACAGCAGUAACAACUUCUGAAGUUUCAAGCAUGCUUGGUAAUAUAAUCUCAAAUAUCAAGCAACUCAUGAAUUGA